CUGUGCGCGCGCGACGCAAUUAUUGCUACUCACGUGUUGAUCCGUACCGUACCACGAACGUCGUCGUCGUUGUGGUGAUCGUCGUCGCCGCCGCCGUCGUCGCGAUAGUGGUCACGUUAGAUAAUAAUAUUAUAAUAGUUUGUUUCGCCACUGAAUACUGUGUUCCCGUUUAUCCGCGCGUUGGCAUAUCGAGUUUUUUUUUUUCGGAAAAUUUUUCCCGGCGACACAUGCACCGAUAAUAUAAUAUUAUAUAUUAUAUAAUAUACAUAUAGAAAAAACAAAACAAUAAACAUCACGUCAUAAUACCUAUAGGCAGUGCGUGUUUUGUGUGCUUUCCGCUGCAUUACUGCUCCGCAUGCAGUGAUGCGUUUCGGCGGCUUGCAAUAGCAGUGAUAAGCGAACCGCAAUGAUGACCAUGAUGAUGAUGCAACGUCUGCUCCAAAACAACAACAACUCCAACAACAAUAACAACAACUCCAAUAACAACAACAACAACAACAACGGUUACGCAGACGAGAUGAGACUUAACGGCAUACGCCACCAUUCGGCAAGUCCAUUUUCGAAACCAGCCGCCGUACAAGCCGCGGCGUCCGACAGCUGCGGCGGUGAACCGGACGCGCUGACGUUGCAGCCGUCGACCGGCCGCAACGAACCGCAACUACAGCCCGUCACGCCGCAGUUCGGUUGCACCGGUACCGUAGCGGCCGCCGUACAGGCCGGGCCGACGUGCACCACCGUGGUGACCGUGGCCGCGGCGGACGACCGGUUGACGUCCGACGAGGACGACGAGCUGAACGUGGACGAGCUGAACGUGGACGAGUUGAACGUGGACGAGGACCCGGUGGACCUGACCAACAACCGGUUGCACGGCGGCCGAGUCAGCGCCGGCCAUCACGGGCUGCUGCACUGCAGCGACGCAGCCGCCAGCCUGCAGCAGGCCGGAAACGCGCCCGCCGUCGUCCCGAUGGACACAACGGCCGCGGCCAACGAUUACGAGACGAGCAGCGGCGGCGGUGGUGGCGGCGGUGGCGGCGGCAACAGCAAAGGCCGGCUCGCGUUUUCCGUCGAGAACAUACUAGACCCGAACAAGUUCACCAGAAAACUUAUGGCGCCCGCCGCCGUUCUGCCCAGGUGGAGGCCGCGAGUCGACUUCGUCGCCGACCCUUCCGGCACUGGCGAGGAAUGUUCGCGCAACUACAUAAUGGACGAGGACGACGAGGACAUCAGCGUGAGCGGCGACGGGUGCGGCAGCGACAUGAGCGACGACCGGGACAAGGUGAGCGGCGACGGGAGUUCGUCGACCGGCGCCGGCGGUGGUGGCGGUGGCAUCGGGGGCGGCGCGAAAAAGUCCAAGUCUUCUUCCGACCACUGCGGCGGCGGCGGCGGCGGAGGAGGCGGCGGCGGCGGCAGUUCGAAAAACGGAGGCAGCGGCAAGCCCCGGCGCGCCCGGACGGCGUUCACGUACGAACAGCUGGUGGCGCUCGAGAACAAGUUCAAGACGACGCGGUACCUGUCGGUGUGCGAGCGGCUCAACCUGGCGCUGUCGCUGUCGCUCACCGAGACCCAGGUGAAGAUAUGGUUCCAGAACAGGCGGACCAAGUGGAAGAAGCAGAACCCCGGGCUGGACGUGAACAGCCCGACGGUGCCGCCGCCCGGCCCCGCCGGAUCGUCGGCCACCGGCGGCCCGCCGUUCUUCCACCCGCUCGCCUACUCGGCCGCGCACCACUACCAGACGCAGAGCUACUCGGCCGCCGCGGCCGCCGCGUACUUCCAUCACUUGGGCGCGCACCACUCGACCAUCGGCGGCCACCACCCGCCGUCGUAAUGACCCGUACCCGUUCCUGUUCCUAUAUAUAUAUAUAUACUAUGUGUGUGUAAUAUUACGAAUCGCAAUACAAAAAGCGACCGCCGUCAUCGUCCACGGCCGCCAGCGCGCGACGACGGCGUCGGACAGAUCUCAAAAUAAUAAUAAUAAUAAUAAUGAUGAUGAUGAUGAUGAUGAUGAUUAUGAUUAUGAUUAUGAUUAUGAUUAUGUACUAUAAUAUUAUUAUGACGGUGUCGAGAGGAGACGACUUCGGCGGGCCGACCAGACACCGCGACGACAGUAACCAGUACCGCGGUCGCCGCCUGUUGGACCGAAUAGCGUACCACAUGCAGCAAGUCGACGUGUGCGGGUUCGACGCGUAAGGGCGAGUUUCCGAAAUGUUUAGUCCGUUUUCCCGAUUUUAACGAUAAAAUAGCAGCUGUUUUCGCUCCUCUCGUAAAAAGUGUUUUGAAAUAUUUUUUUUUGUUUUUUACACGAUAUGAUAACGAUAUUUUUGAAAAAAAUGUAUCUCAUAUUUUUAUCGUUACAAAAAAUGUUCAUAAACCACAACGUAGGUAUUAUUUUGAAUUAAACAUCAUAACGAAUAUUUAUUGGUACAUAUCCAAAUUUAUUUUUAUUUUUUUUUAUUAAAACGCAUAAUAACUACACGUGUAGUAUAUUUUUAUUCUCGGAACUUUCCCUUCGUCGACUCGUCCGGCUUAAUGUACUCAAUUGCUGUGAUCCCAAAAAGCGAAUCCAAUAGGCGGCUAUACUAUUACCGUAUUCCAAUACAUAAAACGACGUCGUGUGCGCGGUAGUAUGGUCGUCCGGAACGCACUUAAGUCACCUACGCGUGACGAAACCGCUUACCGCGGUCGAAAUCUCCAAAUGCAGACUGCAACCGCCGCGAGUAUUCGUGGUGGUACCUGUUCAAUGUUGUUGUAAUAUACCGAGUUACCGGUGAAGACCGCGAAUACCCGCUGCACUCGCCACACGUCACAUAAUUAUUUAUAUAUUAUUAUGUAAGAUGAUGAUGUACUCGCAUAUGAUGACGAUGAUGUCAUGUCGUCGUGAUGUCAUGAUAAUAUUAUAAUAUAGCUAAUGUUUCCCGUACACCCCUUCUGCGCCCGUCCCCGCAAAUCUAUAAGAUAGUAUUAUGUAUAUUAGGUAUACUUGUGUAAACUAUUACGAUUUUACGUCUCUUAUUCUUGUUAUCACAGCAUAAUAUCAAUAUAAUAUACAUUUAUAACGACACGGUAAUGAUCAUUUGCAAUGAUCCGAACCGUGUCCGCAAUAGUCGAACGAUCGACACGUAUGUAAAGGCAUACUAUUAUUGUGUAUCCGCGUAAUUUAAAAAUGUUGUUAUCGUAUGCUAACGAUAUAUGUUAUGUACCUAUUUAUGUCAUGUAAGUAGUAAUAAAAUCCGGCCGGGCCUUAUACAAAAUGUAUCGGUUGGUUUUCGAGCCGACUCUUAAGGUUACCUAUAUUAAUACAGGGUGUUUCAAUUGUAUGUGGAUCCGUACAAGUUUCGAGUAUGAUAUUAUUAUCACGUCAGUGAGUGGAUUAGAAAUCUUUUUAGGCGUAUUGCAAAUGUUGGAUUUUCAGGGUGCUUACAAGUUACAGUGCGUAUAUCUAUUAUUAAUUCGAUUUUCAAAUUAUUAUAAUAAUAAAUACAUUACGAAACUCGUUGGCAAUUUGUCAUUCGAUGUUUUUUUUUUUUUUAAUUUAAGACACUAUUUUACGCAACAUUUAAGUAUUUGGUUUUUGAGGACGCCUAAUCAUCUGAUGGAAGUUAUUUUUAUUAAAAUAAUGAUUUAAUUUAAUUUUUAUUUCAAUUCAAAUCAAACACACUUAUCGUUUAGUAAAAUCUCUAUUUUGUUAAUAUAUAACCCAAUUUUUGAGAUUUUACGGCAUCACGUGUCAUUCCAGUGUCAAAAAUCUUCAAAAAUUGAGUGAUAUAAUAUUAUAAGGGUUUUAGAAACGACAAUUCUUGUGCAAUAUUUUAUGACAAGUUAGUUGGAAAUUGAAUAAGAUAGAAAGAUACACUCAGUAGUCAGUACCCUUUAGAAUCCCACAUUAUUCACAAAACACGAAGAAGGUUUUCGAUUGCGUUCAACUGACAUGAAAUCAUUCUCGAAGUUUUUACGGAAUAACCUGAAUCACUCUGCAGUAUACAUGUCAAUGCAUCUUGUGUAAACUCGUAAAAUAUAUGUAUAUUUUAUAUUAUUGUUGUUUUGUUAAUCUGUUUUUAUGUUUAUUGUUUAUAUUAUUAUUAUUAUUAUUAUUAUUACAUACUCUUUGGCCAAUUCAGGCAGAGGUAUUAUCGAAACAGUUUUUUUGUUUGAUUUUACUACAUAUCCGAUCUGCAAAUGCCCAUCAAUUACAUUUUGCAAUAUUAUAUCAAUUUAAUACAAAAUAUUACUAUUUUUAUACUCAUUAUUAUUGUUAGAUAAUAUUAUAUUGUUCAUUAAUCGUGUUCUUUUUUUUUUUUAUUAUUGUCAUUAUAAUUUUUGGCUUUUAACCAAUGACACAAUAUCAAACAUUUAAUGCAGUUAAACUAUAAUAUAUUAUAUUAUUGUACCCACGUUAUAUUGUAUCGUCAAAAUAUCGACUUAGCUACGAUUUGUGAAACUUUAAACAUUAUCACGCGGCAUAGUCGAACCGGUAUCCUUUUUUUUUUGUUUCUCAUACGUACCACAAAUAUAUUAUUAUAACAUUUUAAUAUAGGCGUGUACAGUGUACACAUACAUAUUAUAUUGUACUAUAGAUUAUCAUCGUAGGAUUAGGUCGGUUUUUAUUGUUUGUUCGGUACACGUAAGUAUUGCUAUAUGUGUAAAUAAACUAUGAUAAUAUAUAAUAUUAUUAUAUUAUGUUCGUUGUAAAUUACUACCACAUGUACAGUAAUAAAUUAUGAAAAAUAAACGGACUACCUAUUAUGUUCGCUCGUAAA